GUUUGAUCUCAAUUACACUAAAACGGCAAGUCACAAUCGUGUAACUACUUGCAGACCUCCUUCAGUGAAACAACCCAAAUUGCUAAGAAAUAGAACCUCAAUGGCGGCGACAGAGGAAGAGGUGACGACGACGAAGGAAGGCGCCGACCUAUUGGGGAAGCCAAAGUAUAAGAAACUCGAGAACGGGAGAUUUAAAUGCGUGCAGACGGGUCACGAGCUACUCGAGAAAGACAAGAAGGUCUAUUCACAGAGUAAACGAUGCCGUUUAGGGCUUAUUGAUUAUGCCUUAUCUCAUAGCAAGCCUCCUCUUAACUUGUUCGAACAAGAUCCUAACGCUCGCUCAAAACUGAAAUGUAAGCUAACGGGCGAUACGGUAAACAAGACUGAGGAACAUAUUUGGAAGCAUAUCACUGGACGGCGCUUCCUCAACAGAUUAGAGGAGAAGGAACGAGAGAAAGAGUCUGGAUCUAUUCCAGCGGAAGGUGGAGAAACACCGGCGAAGGAAAAUGGCGUAGAGGAUGAAGAUAAGAAAAAGAAGAAGAAGAAGAAUAAUAAGAAGAAGAAAAACAAGAAGUCAGUUGAAAAGAAAAAGAAUGGAGAGGAUGUUGCUGAUGAAAUCGAACAUGAAAAUGAUGAAGCUGUUGAGGAGGAGCUUGAGUUUUGGAUGCCUCCAGAUGGAGAGAGGUGGGACUUUGAUGAUGGAAGAGACCGGUGGGGCUCAGAUUCAGACUCAGAUGUGGAAAUGAAUGAGGAAACAGAUCCCAUAGGUGAAUUUGAUGAAGAUGGAGAGAUUAGUAUGGAAGAGUCCAUACUAAUAGGUGAAGUUGAUGAAGAUGGCAAGAUUGUUUUGGAUGACACUCAUGCCAGCAGCAACAAGAGGAAACAUGAAGAACUCGGUUCCAGUGACCUUCCUUCGAAGAAGAAGAAUAAGAAGAAGAAAAAGAAGAAGAAUGUCGAAGCAACAUCGUCGUCAUAUUAAGUCUGAUAUGUUUUGUAUUUCACUUUGUACUUGCUCUAUUUCAGCUUGUGUGCUCAGUUUUGUUAUAAUUGGUGAUGGAAAAUGGUGAUUUACAUAUUAAUGAAGCAAUUUAUUUUUCUCACAAAAGCAGAUUUUAAUUAUAAAGAGGAACAUGAAAAUCGC